AUGAACGGCCUCGGAGUCGAUGAACGCAUGAGCGCCAACGGCACGGUCCAUCAGCGGGCCCUUCAAGCUGAACUGCGAUCCCACUUACCGCAUCUGACGCAGCCCUUGACCGACUGCAUAGCAAGAACGCUCACCAAAGAGAUAACAGACAGCAACUAUGUGUCCGGGGAAUGGCGCACAAUUUCAAUAUUCCCAAUGGCGAAGCGACUCACAGCAGCCGCAAAUUCCCUGAUUUUCUUCGGCGCAGAAGUAUCGAGUGAUCCAGUCUUUCUCAACGCCGCCCUCGAGUAUCCAGAGCACUUGAUGGAAACAGCCGAAGUCCUAAGACUACUGCCUUCAUGGCUUGCACCCUUUGUCGCGCCAUAUUUAAUGCGCCGUCACCGAGCACUGAAAAUACUGUUAGACCGCCUCACCCCCAUAGUUGAAGAUCGUAUCCUCAACUUCACCACUACAUCAGAAAAUGCAGACUGCAUCCAGUUCUUUGUCAAUGCAGCCGAGCGAAAAAAUCAACAGCGUGAAUGGCCCGCCCAACGAAUUGUCCAAGUCCUCCUAGGCAUCUGGUUUGCAUCCGUUCACCAACCCGCAAUGUGUCUUUUUUAUGCCCUCGACGAUCUCUGUCUCCACCCAGAAUUCACCACUGCGCUGCGUGAAGAAGUGUGCAGCGUUAUCAACGAGAAUCCCCAUGAUGUGUCCAGCCUCCCUUUACUCAAUGGCUUCCUCAAGGAGUCCGCGCGUCUUAAUCCAACCGAUUCUAUCUCGCUACGGCGCAAAGUUCUUCGGCCAUUCACGUUACAAGACGGAACAACCCUGGUGAAGGACGAUAUCGCGUGUAUCCCUCUAAGACCGAUCCUUGAAGAUACGGAGAUCUACACCGACUCGCUCACAUUUAAUCCCUACCGGUUCAUCAACGACGCUCACCUGGAUAAAGCCAAGCCUGGCGCUUUUGCUACCUCAGACUUUACAGACGCCGACUUUAAUUUUCCCAUUUGGGGACUGGGAAAACGAGCUUGUCCAGGUCGGCACUACGCCUCACUUCUCCUGAAGCUGGUUCUAGCCCAGAUCCUUCUCCGCUAUGACGUGAAGAUGCUGGAAGAUGCUAAGCAGGACCAAAGGUAUUUCUAUUGGCGGUCCGCGAUUGUCCCGAAAGCUGGGGCAACGUUGCAUUUUAGGGAACGAGGCUUGGAAAUACCCACUCUAGCCAGCUAG